GAACGUCAUAUCGGAACAAACGGUGACAUAUCUGUUCCAAUGUACAUCUAGGCUGACCAGCAAGCUGGGCGGACCGAUGUAGUCGGUGAAGAGGCGUUCAACUAGGAAGAAGUGUGAUAGCAGCUUGGACACGCACAACGCGCGCUCCGGAAGCUCGCCAAGUGGGAUAUAUACGAAAUCGAUUCUGAGCAGCGCAAGCAUUCGUAUCGUGUCCGCCGUCGGGACAAGAUGUGUCUACGGAGUUAUCGUUGAGAGCUUUCUUCUAAAGUGACUGUGCAAAGGUGUUUAGUGUGAACAAAGUGUCUUGCCAGAGGUGUUUGCUCACUGUAGAGCGAAGAAGUGAGGAUUCCUUGCAUCGUAGUGAACCAACCAAGGAAGAUACCGAAGUGAAAAUGAAUUCCAGCGAAAGCCCCCUCGACAAACCAAACAAAUUGAUGUACCUGAACGGUGGUGAUAACAGUAACGCAACAACAACAACGACAGAGUUCGAAAAUAGCACGAGACCUUUGCUGCGAAAUGGUGAUUGCAACCUGCCGGUCCAAACAGUGACUGCCGACAGUAGUCCCAGUAAUCAGCUGAUGACGGUGUACCUUAACGGAGGGAUGGCGCCACAGGAAGUGGAUAAGAAAAUUGACGACGGUCCCAGCGGUCAUGAAAUCAACUCCAAUGCCAGAGGCGUGUUCCACCAGAUCCUGGUGACGGGUGCCGUGCUGCUCCUGGCCGCGGCAUGCGGGAUGCCAAUCGGAUACUCAGCGGUGCUGCUGCCCCAGCUCUACAACAUGAGCGAACCGCUGGUCAUCGACAUCGAGAUGGGCUCGUGGAUCGCCAGCGUCCACAGUUUGGCCACCCCGAUCGGUUCGUUCGCUUCCGGUCCCAUCAUGGACCACUGGGGCCGCAAACCGGCCCUCCUCGCCGCGAUCGUGCCCCUCUUCAGUGGGUGGAUCUUUCUCGCGACCGCCUCGUCGCACUUCCUCAUCCUGGUUGGACGAGUCGUCGCCGGUAUUUCCGUCGGCCUGAUCGCCGCCCCCGCGCAGGUUCUCCUGGCCGAGAUCGCCGAACCGCGACUUCGUGGACUGCUGAUCGGUGCCCCGUUCGUGUCCUACUCGAUGGGCAUCCUGUUGGUGUACGCCCUCGGCAGUUACUUCCACUGGCGUCACGUGGCCUGGGCUGGCACCAUCCUGCCGCUGUUCUCCUUCGUGGCCAUCAUGUUCAUGCCGGAGACGCCGGUCUUCCUGGCUCGGAACAACCAGCUGAAGAAGGCCAGUCGAGCGCUCACCUGGCUGCGAGGUUGUCCGAUCCAGGCGAAGCGCGAACUCCAACAGCUGGUCGAUCGGUCCAAGACGGAGUCCGAAGAAUCGGCGAAUCAAAGCCUGUGGCAGACCCUGACGAAGGUGUCCCUCAUAAAGCCGCUGAUCAUCAUCAACGGGUUCCACAUACUGCAGAUCCUUUCCGGAACAUACCUCGUUGUGUUCUACGCGGUAGACAUCAUCUCCGACAUGGGCGGAAGUGACAUCAACUCGCUGCAAGCGGCCGUCCUGACCGCUGCCGUUCGACUUGCGUUCACCUUCCUGUACUGCUUCCUCCUACUCAUGAUGCCCCGUCGAAUGAUGGUCAUUGGCAGUGGCAUCGGGUCCGGAAUUAGCUGUCUGGCGAUCGCCAUCUUUAUGUACAUCCGUCUAGAUUCCGUGCAAACCCCAAUGGACACGUACAUAUCCGCCGUCUUCAUCCUCAUCUACAUCGGAACCAACACCGGCUUCAUGACCAUGCCCGGAAUCAUGAUCGGCGAGCUGCUCCCAGCCAAAAUCCGCGGUCGCAUCGCCGGAAACCUCUUCACCAUCUUCAACCUGCUACUGUUCGGCGUCGCCAAGGGUUUCCUGUACGCGAAGCAGAUCUUCAAAACGCAAGGCCUCUUUCUCAUCUUCGGCAUCGCCUCGUUCGGGGCUUCGCUGCUGCUGUACCUGAUGCUGCCGGAGACGAAAGGCCGAACGUUGCAUGACAUCGAGGACUACUUCCAGCGGCCCAACUGGCUGUGGAUCACCCGGAAGCGGACGGCCGAAGAGGAGCGACGGCCGAAAGGAUCGGCGGAAGCGGAAGAGGGGGUACCGUUGAAGGCCGUCGUGAGGACGUAAGGUAAAUUGUAUGAUAGAUUGUACAGUACACGUAGAACUCUCUAAGUAAAAUGUAAUUUAGGGUAGACUAAGUUGUGUUAUAGGAAUAAGUUCAAUGUAUAAUUUGUAGAAUUACUCAAAAACCAUACAAUGUUGUAACUUGCCAUACAAAAGCGUUUGGAAAAUAUUUGUAAAACAGUUUUUUGAGAAGGAAUUUAAGGAAUGAUCAGUAUCUUGCGCAAAGAUUUAUGAAUAAUAGUCACAUUUUAGAAGAAUACACACUUCUUAUACUCA